CUUUUACUCCGAAACUCGAGUCGGCCCCCCAGUCUUUUCCCACCGACCUCGGGUGCCGUCGGGGACCGGUCGGGAGAGCGGCCGGCGGAGCGUCCGGGCCCUGGAAACGGCGUAGCCCGUCGGGGGCUGCGCGCACCAUGGCCGGCUGCUGCUGCUUGUCCGCGGAGGAGAAGGAGUCGCAGCGCAUCAGCGCCGAGAUCGAGCGGCAGCUUCGCCGGGACAAGAAGGACGCGCGCCGCGAGCUCAAGCUGCUGCUGCUGGGAACUGGAGAAAGUGGCAAAAGCACCUUUAUCAAGCAAAUGAGAAUCAUCCAUGGGUCUGGUUACAGCGACGAAGACAGAAAGGGGUUCACGAAGCUAGUUUAUCAAAACAUAUUCACCGCCAUGCAAGCCAUGAUCAGAGCCAUGGAUACUCUGAGGAUACAGUACGUGUGUGAACAGAAUAAGGAAAAUGCCCAUCUGAUCAGAGAAGUGGACAUAGACAAGGUCUCCGCUCUCUCCAGGGACCAGGUGGAGGCCAUCAAGCAGCUCUGGCAGGACCCGGGAAUCCAGGAAUGUUAUGACAGGAGGAGGGAGUACCAGCUGUCAGACUCUGCCAGAUAUUACCUGACUGACAUCGACCGGAUCGCCAUGCCGUCGUUCGUGCCAACGCAGCAAGAUGUGCUUCGUGUCCGAGUGCCCACAACCGGCAUCAUCGAGUACCCGUUUGAUUUGGAAAACAUCAUCUUUCGGAUGGUGGAUGUUGGUGGCCAGCGAUCUGAAAGACGGAAAUGGAUUCACUGCUUUGAGAGUGUCACCUCCAUUAUUUUUUUGGUUGCUCUGAGUGAAUAUGACCAGGUCCUGGCUGAGUGUGACAAUGAGAACCGCAUGGAAGAAAGCAAAGCCUUAUUUAAAACCAUCAUCACCUACCCCUGGUUUCUGAACUCAUCGGUGAUUUUGUUUUUAAACAAGAAGGAUCUUUUGGAAGAGAAAAUCAUGUACUCUCAUCUAAUUAGCUAUUUUCCAGAAUACACCGGACCAAAGCAAGAUGUCAAAGCUGCCAGAGACUUUAUCCUGAAGCUCUAUCAAGAUCAGAAUCCUGACAAAGAGAAAGUCAUCUAUUCCCACUUCACAUGUGCUACAGACACAGAGAAUAUCCGCUUUGUGUUUGCUGCUGUGAAAGACACAAUUCUACAACUAAACCUGAGGGAAUUCAACCUAGUUUAAAAGCUGCUGCCCACUCCUCACCCAGGCCAGAAAACCGGAUUUGCCAGCUCCUCGCGUUUUUAUUUGUGAGUGAGUGCUUCUGACGUCACCCGGCCCAGCGCAG